AUGAGGGGAAUUGGUAAUUCGCCCUCGGUCAGGCACGUGAAACAGCUUAUCUCCACCCACAAACCAGUCAUUGUUAUCCUCAUUGAGCCUAUGCUUUCCGACUCUAGGCGUGUGUCCAUCGGUCUCAAGUUGAGCUUUCACUGCUCCAUAUCCAACGCUGCGUCUGGGGGCAAGAUCUGGAUUUUCCACCACACUUCUCUCUCGGUUGAUUCUCCUUCUUCGUCCAACCAAUUCCUCUCUUUCAGAGUCAGGGAGCCAAACCUUUCUCUUCCUUUGCUCGUCACCUGUGUCUACGCUAAAUGCUCUUAUAUGCGAAGAAGGGAGCUAUGGGCUGACUUGGUUAAUCAGUCUGCCACCCUCCCUGGCCCUUGGAUUGUUUGUGGGGACUUCAACGCAGUCACUGCACACUCAGAGAGGAUCGGUGGGAACUCGUUGGCCGAUCCUAGCUCCUCCGAGUUCAUUGAGGCUAUCAACCAGGUGAACCUGACUGAUGCGGGUUUCUUUGGAAGCGCCUUCACCUGGUGUAACAACUGCUCUGGAUCUAACAGAAAAUGGGCCAGACUUGACCGUGUUUUGUGCUCCCCAAGCUGGGUCUACACCUUCCCCUCCUGUGUGCAGCAUCUGACCCGUAUAUGUUCGGACCACUCCCCUCUCCUUCUCUCUGCUCCUCCAACGUCCCCAACCUCCCCGAAGUCAUUCCACUUUCAGAGAAUGUGGAUCCAGCAUGAUGGCUUCCAGACUAUGGUAUCCAAUGCUUGGAAAUCAAACACCUUCAUCACUCCUAUGAUCCACCUUCUUAUCAAGAUGAGGAACACCAAAGAAGCGUUAACACGUUGGAAUAAGGAAUCAUUUGGAAACAUCUUCUCCCAGAUCAAACUUUCUUCAGGAUGGCUAUUAGAGGGAGAUAGGAACUCCAAGUUCUUCCACGCCUCUACUACGGACCAAGUCAGAAGAGCCCAGAUCAAGCAUAUUGUGCUACAGGAUGGGUCCAUUACGUUUGACCAGGCCCAGAUGAGAGACGUUGCUGCUGCCUUCUUCAAGACCCUUUACUCUGCAGAAGUUAUGACGCAUUCAGAUGAUUCCACCAACAUCAUCCCAUCCCUAGUCUCCCAAGCGGACAACGACUUCCUCCUUGCCCCGGUCUCCAUAGAAGAAGUGAAUCUGGUUGUUUUAGCGCUGCCAGCGGAUGGGGCCCCUGGCCUAGACGGGUUCUCCGGUUCUUUCUUUGCGUCCUGUUGGAACAUCGUCGCUUUGGACCUCCACAGAGCUGUCAACUACCUCUUCCAGGGUGGUACAUUACCUAGAGCCUUUUCUGCUACUCUCCUUUGUUUAAUCCCCAAAUGUGUUGCUCCUAAGUCCUUUUCUGAUUUUCGCCCAAUCAGUUUACGUAAUUAUGUUUACAAGAUUUUUUUCUAA